AUGCAUGGCUAUUUGUUUGCGGCCCUUCUUUAUUGUUAUUGUUAUUAUUAUUAUGUUUUGGAGGUUGCGACGGGACCGCAGUCUAUGGUACUACUUUUUGCCUUUCUUUUUUAUUUUAUUUACGUCUGUGUCUUUUUGUUUGUUUGUUUGUUUGUGUGUGUGGCUACCGUGUCCAAGUAUGACGCUGUCUUGGCGAGGAACAUGAUGCGUCUGACACGGCGAUGCCUCUUCAUCACGAAGAUCAGCAAGAUCUCACGGCCCCCCGCCAGCGGCUACGAGAUUGCCGAGCUGCCAAAUGAAAAGGUUUUCAUGGAAUUUUUAAAGUAUUACAACACAAAGUGUGUUCUGGCCGUUCUCCAUUCCGGCUCUCUUCGCAGCACGGCGGGAGAAGGUGGUGCCGGUACGAAGAUCGUGGAGGAUCCGCUCACGCGCAGCUUCAUCUCGUCCAUCAAUGCAAUGAACAUGGGAAAUCCCAACGAAACGAAACUGGCGCUUGUGCCUGGGCCGCAUGCCCCAAGAAUGGUGGAAGAGUACGGCGUGCUGACUUACCCAACGGUGCUCUUGUUUAUGAAUGGGAAGUGCGUGGAGCGGGUCGUGGGUGCCCGCACGCGAGAGGUGUCCAUCAAGGCACUCUUUACGCUUCGAAAUGCGGGAAGAAACAUCUUUUCAAGGGAGUGA